AUGAAUAACACUUCCCUUUAUCUUCCAUUUGAUAUAUGGACCCAAAUUUUUGCUUUGCUUUCUGUCGAAACUCUAGUGAGAUGCCGGGCUGUGUGCGCAUCUUGGCGCGCUUACAUCGAAUCCCCUUCUUUCAUCUCCAAGCAUCGCAAUCUUUACAAUAAACACCAUUUCAAACACUCCCAUUUAAUUUUAGGUUAUUCUACACGAUUAGACCUACAUCGUGUCACCAACGGUCGGAGAUUUACCACUCUUGCUUUUCUUCCUCCUUUUUCUGCUCAUGUUUUCAUACCAUGGAUUUAUGGAGGCUGCAAUGGGUUAUUUCUAAUCACCUUAAAUUUUGAUCAAGAUUAUAUAUGUUUGUGGAAUCCCUUUCUCAGAAAAUCUUUGAUUCUUCCACCUUGUCCAAUUGUUUCUCGCUUUCAAUCUGUUCAUUAUGUUAUAGGAUUUUCCACCUCUUGUGAUGAUUAUAAGGUGCUUGCCUAUCGUACCAAGUAUAAACCGGCAAUGGCAGUUUAUUCACUUAGAAACCACAUUUGGACUAUUAAAAUCAAUCCCAUGAAUGCCGAUGCUUGGACUUCAUUAAGGACCCCUUUUUCUCGUAACAAAUAUGUUUAUUGUGGAUGGAUGAUUUACUGGUUUACUGAAAGUGAUCCCGGAAUUAUCCGCUCUUUUGAUUUUAAUUUGGAAGAAUUCAAUAACCUGGCAGUACCUGAGCCGCUAAAAGAAUGUAAGAUGUUAGUUCUUUUCGCCAUCGAUGAGUUGUUAGCUGUUAUGUCAUCGUCUUGCAUAUGGAUUUUGGAAAAGUAUGAUGGAGAGUACACAUGGAGGGAAUGGUGUUCGGAAUCUUGGAUUAAAACUGUUUUUGAUAUAUUUAAAGAACACUAUAUAUCUACUAUCAAGGUUUUGUUUGUUGAGGAGACAAAUACAUUUCUAAUGAUUGGGGUUAAUGGUAGUGUACAUUUUUAUCAAGUUACAAGCGCGGUGUUUGGAAUGUUGAGAAAUGGAGCUGGUUAUUUUCUUGCCGUGAUUGAUUAUGUGGAGACUUUAGCGUUGCUUACAGGAACAGAAGGGAUGACAUUUCAAACCUUUCCUUGA